ACCGCCAACCAUUGACCCUCCGUACCCGCAUAUCCCCGCCCACACCCCACUUCGGGUAAUACCAUCAACGUAAGACCACGCCCCUCCCACCCUAAUAGACAUGACGAUGGCCAACCCCCUCUCCAAAAAACUAAUCCUGAUAACCGGCGCUUCUCGGGGCAUCGGUCUCUCAAUAUCCCGAAAGUUCGCCCACGCCGGCGCAAGCCUGAUCCUAGUAUCCCGCACCAGGCCCCACCUGGAUGCCGCACUAUCCGCAUUACCGCCAGGAGGAGAGCACCGGUGUAUCGCUGGUGACGUUGGGGAUCCACAGUUUUGGGAGGAAGUUCGAGGAGGAUGUGGGGUACGCUUGCUCCCCCGACCGGUAAUGAGGAGGAGGGGGAAGAAGGGGAGAGAGAGAGAGAGCUAAUGGUGGCUCGAGCAUGGUAGAAGAAGUUGGAUGUCCUCGUGAACUCUGCCGGGAUCACGCAUUCCAGUCUCCUGAUGGCGACAAAACCGGAAACAAUAGAGGACAUUAUCAGGACGAACUUGGUGGGGUCGGUGUUAGGGUGUAGGGCUGUGUUGAGGGGGAUGGUUAGGGCACGGAGUGGUUUGUCUAUCCGCUCUGCCAGAAAGGAUGAUGUGGGGCUAAUAUGGUUGGUUGGCAAUGAUGUGGAAAAAAGGUUGCAUAAUUAAUAUUUCGUCGGUGCUGGGGAUUAAAGCUGGAACAGGAUCCGUGGCCUACGCUGCCAGUAAGGCCGGUGUUAUUGGUAGCCUCCUUUCCCCCAUCCCCCUCGUGCUAAGCCGGCUCACCAGGCCAAAAUCAGGGUUAACAAGAUCACUUGCGGCCGAGGUCGGUAGCAGUGGGGUAAGAGUUAACGCAAUUCUCCCCGGGUAUAUUGAAACGGAUAUGACGAGCGGUUAAUCCCCCUCAACUAUACUAACCACUGACAAGUCCUAACGAUAGUAGGCAUGGCAGAAGGAGCACGAAGGGAAGCGCUGGAGUUCACGCCAAUGAGGAGGAUGGGCACGGCGGAAGAGGUCGCAGACGCAGCAAUGUUUCUGGUGCUGAAUAAAUUUGCGAACGGGAGUCAGGUUGUGCUCGAUGGGGGGCUUUCGGCUACAUAGUUUGGAGAUUUAGUGCGGGAAAGUUCUCGACCAAGACCGGUAUCAUGCCAGUAUAUAACUCGGGGUUGGUAAAUACUCGAGUAGUGAGUCCCAUUAGCGAUGGCUAUUCUUCCCGAUGAAAACAACAGAGCCCGUGUGCUCGAUCGGAGGGGACAGUAUAUCCAAAUGCCCUUCGUUAUUAAUCCCCUGUCAAGUCCGCAGAAUUUACCUCCACCAGAGAAAAGUAGGUAUCCAUAGUUAUAGACCGAGUGACAAAACAUGAACCCCAAUCCAAAACCCCUACCUACCCCAUCACUCACCCCAAUUGCAAAACCCCCCAUGAUAGCAACUUCCAAUGCCGAUUAUAACAUCACAUCAUACCGACCUAUUAUCAUACCCCAAUCACGGUUUAUCAUAAUUCCGUCCACAAUACUAUCAUACUAUUGAUCAUAUCAACCGGUUGCCGGUAAUCUCCCCUCCUCCCAUCAAGUUCCGGGUUUAUAUAACAGAUGCCCUAGCAGGCCGGUUCUGCGAAUGCGGUGAGCGUGGUACCGUGGAUGCCAACUGCUCGUGUCGGGAAUCAGGAUGUACAGCGGUGGAGUGGAGGAAUCAUCAUAUGCUCGGGU